CCUAACCUGAGCCCGCUGCAGGUGUGGUACAUGGACGGUUACUACAAGGGUCGCCGCGUCUUGGAAUUCCGCACCUUGAACGACUUUGUGACGGGCCAGAACUUCGUGCAGCAUCUCCUGCCGCAUCCCUGGGCCGGUACGGGCCACGUCGUCUUCAACGGAUCCCUCUACUACAACAAAUACCAGAGUAACAUCGCGGUGAAAUACCAUUUCCGCUCCCGCAGCGUGCUGGUGCAGCGCAGCCUCGCCGGCGCCGGCUACAACAACACCUUCCCGUAUUCUUGGGGUGGCUUCUCCGAUAUCGACUUCAUGGUGGACGAGAGCGGGCUCUGGGCCGUCUACACCACCAACCAGAACGCCGGCAACAUCGUGGUGAGCCGGGUGGACCCCCAAACGCUGGAAGUCCUGCGGAGUUGGGACACGGGUUACCCCAAGCGAAGCGCCGGGGAGUCCUUCAUGAUCUGCGGCACGCUCUACGUCACCAACUCCCACCUGGCCGGCGCCAAGAUCUAUUUUGCCUACUACACAAACACUUCCAGCUACGAAUACACGGAUAUUCCCUUCCACAACCAGUAUUCCCACAUAUCCAUGCUGGACUACAACCCGCGGGAGAGGGUGCUCUACACUUGGAACAACGGCCACCAGGUCAUCUACAAC